CCAACCAAUAGCAAACAAGCAAAAUUUUGUGCGCUUGCAACACAAUCCCUCUUUUAUUUCGUUCUAUUCCUUUCUCUUUGACAUUUUAUACACUUCCCUUUUUUCCUGCUGUUAUUUCAAUUAUAAUGGUCAAGUUGACUUCUGUUCUGGCUUUUGGUCUGACUGUCAUCAGUGGAUUAGGUAUAUACAUCGAGAGAUAAUUAGACGCGCAUAAGGGUCUUUGGUAUAGGUGUCCGAUUGAACAACUGACCCAUAUGAAUAUAGUCUCUGCUGAACUUUCUGCCGAUCACGUUCCUACGAAAAUCUCGGUUACAUCUCAAUUUCCAAAUAAUCCUUUCGGAUUGAUUGUGAACGGUCAGCGUAACCAAGUACUUUUGGACGUUACUAGCAAAGAAGAUACACCUUAUACUGUGUUUGCUAUUUCCGGACAAGUGUUUAAAGCUGAUGAUUUCAGUCAAUCUGUCCGUAACUUGACAGCCAGUCGUUAUGAAAAGUUAUUACAACCUGGCUCCACAUUACAAAUUCCUUAUAACUUUUACUCUGAAUUUGCUCCUGGAGAUCAUGGUUUGACAGUUUACGUUGACUUAUUAAACGAAAAAACUGUCACUCGUAUUGUAGGCUAUAACGGUACCAUUACAGUGACUGAUCCAGAGAAUUCCUUCUUUGACCCCCAACUCAUUGUUUUGUAUAUUGUCUUGAUUGCUGGUGCUGUUGGUGUUGGCUAUGUUAUCCGUGAAGCAUUCUUUGCAGACACCAAAAAGAAGACAAAGAAAGCUAAAAAGGUGAUUGAAAGCAAUGAAAAGCCCACCCAUCGUGAUGAGAAGGGUGAGAUGGUUUUGGAUCAAUCCUGGAUUCCUGAGCAACAUCUCAAUUUAAGCAAAGGUUCACCUAAAGCUAAGAAGAGAGCAACUCGCAAGUAAAACGCUGAAGAACCUUAGUAUACUAUCAUAGUUUCUUCAUGUAUAACCUAUUGUAAUUUUGUAAGAAGGAAAAAGGGCAAAUCUGUGAAUUGCUAUACUGAUAAAAACCCUCAAAAAGAUAAACCUUCAUUUGUGGUAAAGAUACGUUCAAAGCGCAGGCUAGAUUGUAGAAUGAAGUUUCUAUAUUGAACUACAACUGACAAAGGACAAUUAGAAGGUUUGAAAAGUUAUGCCUAUUUGUCAUGAUACGGAAUGCAAUUUUCUUUGGUUGAGAUGGAUACGACAGAGUUUUUUAUUGAUAGUAUUAUACAAUCGUUGAGAAAACAAUGCACGAGCAUUGCAGGCUAUAUCUGAAAAGAGAGGUUGUAACCAUUACAAAAACGUUGAAGAACAGAGUGUGACUGAAAUGGAUAAAUAUGUAGUUUAGU